CGAGGUACCAACUUGUUCUUCCCCUAACAACUCACCACCAAAAAUCAAGAAUGGAAGGAUUCAAGCGUUACGUUGAGGUUGGACGUGUCGUUCUCGUUAACAAGGGUGAGUACACCGGCAAGAUUGCUGCUAUUGUCGACGUUGUUGACCACAGACGGGUCCUUGUUGACUCUCCUUGCCCUGAGUUCCCUCGCCAAGUCAUCCGUCUUGGCAGUGUUGUCCUUACUCCUAUUGUCAUGCAAGUUCCUCGUGGUGCUCGCUCUGGUGUUGUUGCCAAGAAGUGGAAGGCUCAAGAGAUCUGCAACAAGUGGAACUCUACUGCCUGGGCUAAGAGCUUGCAAACCAAGAAGGUUCGCAGCCAAUUGAACGACUUUGACCGCUUUGCUGUCAUGCGUCUCAAGAAGCAACGUCGUGACCAAGUUAAUGUUGCUGUUGCCAAGGCUACUAAGGCUUAAAAACAGUUGAUAUAAGUCUUGACAUUGCAAUACAAUAUAAAACAUUCGGUUCCA